UCCGCCCCGCCCCGCCUCGCCGUCGACCGCCAACCCCUCCUCCCCCUCCAGCCCCGCACCGCACCGCUCCACUUCUCCAUCUUCCGAAAUGCUGCGGAGGUUUGGUGCGGUUAUGGGGCCAAGGACCGUUCUCCGGUCAAUCGUCACCGUUCAGGCUACCAAGGCCCAGCCCUCCGCACCUGCUCAGCUCUCGGGGUUUGGUGCAGUGACUCGUGCUUUCAGCUCAAGGUCUCUCUGGAAGGGAGCUUUUGUUGAUGCUUUCCUGUCUAGAAUAAAGAAUAACGGAGGAGCAAUGAAUGGCAAGAAGAUUUGGUCUCGUAGGUCUUCAAUUUUGCCGGAAUUCGUUGGUUCCUCUGUGCUCAUUUACAAUGGAAAAACUCAUGUACGUUGCAAGAUCAAUGAGGGGAAGGUUGGCCAUAAGUUUGGAGAGUUUGCUUUUACGCGGAGAAGGAGACCCCAUCGAACAACUAUAGCAAAGGGCAAACAAGUGAAGGGCAAAAAGUAACAAAAGAUACUGUGCAUGGAAGGUGGGUUUGUCAAGGAGGACGGGACAAGGCCUAGUUGAAGCGCAAGCACCAGAAUCACCUUAAUAUUUUUACAACCUUUGACUGCCUUUCAUGGGACAACAAUAAUAGGAGAAUGUGUCUGGAUAGUCACGCUCUGUCAAUUCUCCCUUGCUAGUGUUCUUAGCAUAACUCAGGAGUAGAUCCAUUUAAUGUUUCUGUUGCGGGCUUAUUAGGAUUUGAUGCCACACCCAGCCUACUGUCUUUGCACCCUGGCUCUUUGAGUGAACAUUGAACUGUAACUUGCAACUUACAUAUGCUUCAGAUUGGUCGAUUUUUAGCUGAAAACUGAUGUGUUGCCGUUCAU